UUGUGACAAACUUGACGUUUGAAAACAAUGAAAACGGGCGCAAACAGAAAGAAAAUAAAUUAGAAUAAUAGCGUAUUUAAAGUAGAAUAUGUUAGUUAUACAAAAACAGUUUGUAUACAAAAGAUUCCUUUGUAAAAUAUAAGUGAUAUUGUGUAAAACAUGUGUCAAAUUACGAUUUUACCGAACUGAGUAGUCUUGUAGACCAUGUGCAAAGUUUAAUAAUAUAAAAUGGGUUCCCCGGACGAAUUACUGAUAGAAAGACUGCGGAAAGAGAACUUAGAUCAAUUCUUUACUUUAGUGCGCAUGCAUCUAUCUUUUGUGGUGGACAUAAAUACAGACGAUGUUGAUUGUUCAACUGAUAAACCAAAGCAAUUUAGAUGGAAUUUUCAUAAGAAGAUAAAGAAUUCGGCGCCUAGUUCUAGUCAACAGAGCAAUGGCAGUGGUGCAAAGAUUGGUGCAGAACCAAGCUCUAUUACUGAGGAUGGUAUCCUGAGGCUUAACGAAUUGAUUGACUUUUUGUCAUUGCCAGAAAAUGUAACACAAGAAGGUAUAUUCCGGCGCACAGGCUCCCUCACAAGACAGCAGGAGCUGAAGCAGCUGCUGCUAACUGGCUCAAGCCUCGGGCUGGAAGAAGGCAGGUUCACGGUGCAUGACUGUGCGUCGGUACUGAAGGGCUUCCUUGCUGAGCUGCCGCAGCCGUUACUGAUGGAUCAGUAUUAUCAGACUUAUUGUACUUUAGCUGCCCAAUAUCCCCCGAACCUGGAAGCAUCAGAGCCCAAACUCCUCACGGCCCUACAGCUCUUACUACUGCUCCUGGCGCCGCUGCACCGCAACUUUCUACAACGACUCCUCACGCUGCUCACACUGGUGGCCGACAAUGAGGCUUCAAACAGAAUGUCCCCGGACACACUGGCUACUAUGUUCACGCCGCACUUACUGUGCCCAAGAAAGCUAUCCCCCGAGACGUUCCACGCGGACGCCAUAGCGCUGUCCCCCGUGAUCAGCUUCAUGAUCCGCCUCUCGGGCCGGUUGUUCCUGGCGCCGCCGCAGCUGGCCACGGACGCGCGCGCGUACUUCACGGCCAGGGAAGCCAGGCUCGACGAGAGCGUCUCCGAUAAAACGGCAGCAAACACGGUGUACACAUUCGUGGACCGAGGCCGGACGGCAGCUGAGAACUCCUCCAACCCUACCGACACAGCCUUAGCGCAGUUAUACGCGCACAUACAAGCGCUGCCCGAGUCUACACACAAACGACGGCUUAUCAAACACUUCAACCGGCAGAAUGGAUACGGCACACCGAUUCAGAUCCAGAGGACGGGCAAAGUCGCGGGCUCUAGAAGUUUCGGAGACUCCAUCAAGAGGCACAUUUUCAACAAGGGACUCCUUAAUAAAACGCCGAAGAAAGGAUCCGGCUCCACUAUCAAUUCCAUUGAAGAGAAAAAGAAACGCCUUGACGACAAAACCGAUAUGUUACAUAAGAACAUCGUUCUUAAGAACCUGGUCCAUAGAAUCGCAAGUUCCGAAUCGUUGGAUGAUGAUUACGAUUCGGACGCUAGCAAUGAAAGCACUUUAUCCGAAGGAGCUAUUAGUAGACGCAGGAAAACUAGUCCCAAAUUCGUAUCAGAACCGAAUUUAAGCAUGAUAGAUAGCGAGGAAACACCUAAAAACACCAAGAAAGCCUCUAGACUAUUCCGUUCAAAAUUACUGUCCGCAUCACAGAACAUAAAUAAGAAAUACCAAAAGCGAAACACAGUCAUAAAAGGCACACCGACCUCAUGCGUCUCAUGUUUCGAUGAGCAAGGUUCAGAAAAUGACUUGUCAUACGACAGUCCGAUCAAGGAGACUCCGAAGAAAAGACCCAUCGAAGAAUUCCGCUUGCACUAUUUGACAAGCACCCCGGGCAUAGCGGAGGCGCCUAUUAUAGAAGACUGUGCCACGCCUUACACAGUCAACUUUAGACGGGCUUCGAUGUCUCCUAUAACGAAAUCUACGCAGAAACUGUCGAAGGCUAUGCAGGAGUCGAUAAUGACGCCGCGGUCGCGCAAGCCGCUCAUCAUCACGUGCGAGCAGCGCGACGCGGCGUGCGAGCGAGACAACAGCGGGACGGCGCGGGAACGAGACGCGACGAGUGAAGCUAGCGCGCUCGGGUUGGCGCGGGAUAAUGACAGCGAUUUUGUGUCGUCGGACGAUGAUACAAGGUCGACGUUCUCUUGUGAAAGAUCAAUGACAUCGAUACCACGUUCCCGAACGUUCGACGGGCGCUCCCUGUCCGCAGGCGACAUUAGCCCGCUGCGCUCACAAGCCACCCGAUUUAUCCUCACCCAUCCCCGACCCACCAUGGACCUCAACGCCACGCUAGAACCCCCAAGGAUAACACUCACCCAAGAACCAGCCCGGUCCCUCACGGAACCCUUCCGUGAGUACCUCCUCGGCAGAUCCGUACUUACCGCUACCCCUGUCGACUUGUCCAUACUCAACACUUCCAAAGACAAAGAGGGAAUAUCCGAUUCCCUUCUGUACUGCCUCGACGGCAACGUGCCGUCGGAUCUGACCUCCUCGAUCGGGAAUCUGGCCGUGAAUAAUGAAUCGCUUCGCUCUCCCCUGAAAAAUGUGAACGAACUCGCCGAGAGUCCGAACAGAAAAAGGGCCAGUUCGUUAGUUUAUAAAGACGAAGUCGGUGUAAAGAAAGCGCUGGUUGAAAAGGAGAAUGUCGGCGAGGCGGCUUACGAAAUCAGAGAGACUGAUCUUUAGAUAAUGUUAAAUAUAUCCGCCCCCGAAUGUUGGCAUUGUG